CUGCUUGCGGUCUUUCUUCCCAUCCCUGAACCGCCUCACUUAAUUGUGCCAUUUAUAUCCCACCCUCGCCCGUCCGCGUCAAAGGGGCCUGAUCGUGACUGAAUCCCUUAGUCCCCGUCAGUGUAACUAUUCGGCGGUUGACUGGAGAGUCGCCGCGGGCUCUUCGAGCCAUCUUUCUUGGAUUACUUGUCCAUUUUUUGAGGAGAUAAUCCGUUUGUUGCCGGGACUGCUCACAUUGUCCUCGUGCCACUUCUCCGACACUACCUGUUCCUUCUCCCCUUACAUUCUCCCGGUCUACCUCCACUUUCCCCGUACCGUUUUCAGCACCCACACCUACGUCUCCGCAGUCCGCACCGCCUCGACUCUCCUCUCGGUCUUGAUCAUUAGCAUCAUGAACUUCGGUCCGUCCUGUCCAUCCACAUUGAGAUCGGCUGGUGCAUCCUAGACUUGAGUCGCGUUUGGAGCAUGUCUCUGCGCGGACCAAAUGUCCGUAGCCUCGAUUCCCGACACCUCGCUUGGCCUCACCUCCUCCGAGAUCCAGAUUCUCCGUCAACAACAGCAGAUUGCUCUGCAGGGCGCUCACACUGGCAAUGGGGCUUCCAGGGGCAGAGGUACUGGACGUACAAGCAACUCCAGCUCGCGCGCUGCCAGUGCCGCCAGCAGUCACGGUCGAUUGCUGCUGGACCCAAUGAGCCUCCGGGCACUUUCGCAUCAGUUGGACGGGUUACAACAACAGAUUCAGAAUCGCCUCGAACACCUGGAGGAACAAAUGCAACUGUCUAUCCAAAACAGCUAUGACCGCGCCGGAAACGUGAUCCGCAAUGCUGACGCUGAGAUUGCCCGUACACGUUCGAUAUUGUCGUCAAUUGAUGAUCUGGAGAACGAACUUGCAAAGAUCGGACACAUUAGAGAGAUCGUGAGGGCCUAUCGUGGCCGAAUAGAAGGCUUAGACCAACGUCUUGAUCAAGCUGCCCGCCGCCGACGAUGA